CGCCAGCUCAACUUACUGCUCCAUGUGUGACUGUGGGGAGUCCCACUGGGGUUGGGGGCAGUAUGCCCGCGGCCCCAUGCUCCUUUUGAGUCAACUUUUGUUUGCAGCCCCUUUCGGCCUGCUGGGAGAGGAGACCCGCCAGGUAUCUUUGGAGGUUAUCCACAGCUUGCCAGGCUUCCCCCAGAACUUGCUUCAUAUCCGGGCAGUGGGUACCAACUCCACGUUACACUAUGUGUGGAGCAGCCUGGGGCCUCCAGCAGUGGUGCUAGUGGCCACCAACACCCCCCACAGUGUCCUGAGUGUCAACUGGAGCUGCCUGCUAUCCCCUGAGCCUGAUGGGGGCCUACUGGUGCUCCCCAAGGACAGCAUCCAGUUUUCUUCUGCCCUUGUCUUCACCAGGUUGCUUGAGUUUGACAGCACCAACAUGUCUGAGGUGGCAGCAGACCUCCCAGGAAUACCAUAUCCUCCAUACUCCUUGGCCAAGUUCUUCUGGAACAACAUCACUGAUUCAUUGGAUCCUGCCACCCUGAGCACAACGUUUCGAGGCCACCCUGUGCACGACCCUAACAAGGCUUUUGCAAAUGGCAGCCUAGCCUUCAAGGUCCAGGCCUUUUCCAGAUCUGGCCGACCUGCCCAGUCGCCUCGCCUCCUGCAUACAGCAGAUACCUGCCAGCUAGAAGUGACCCUGGUUGGGGCCUCUCCCCGAGGAAACCACUCUCUGUUUGGGCUGGAGGUAGCCACUUUGGGGCAGGGCCCUGACUGCCCCUCAAUGCGGAAGCAGCAUUCCAUCGAUGAUGAAUAUGCACCUGCUGUCUUCCAGUUGGACCAGUUGCUCUGGGGCUCCCUCCCUUCUGGCUUCGUGCAGUGGCGACCAGUAGCUUUCUCCAAGAAGCAGGGAGGCCGAGAAUCAGCCCUGCCUUGCCAUGCUUCCCCUCUUCACCCCACCUUGGCAUACUCUCUCCCCAAGUCACCCAUUGUCCAAGCUUUCUUUGGGUCUCAGAGUAACUUCUGUGCUUUCAACCUGACAUUUGGGGCUUCCACAGGCCCUGGCUACUGGGACCAACACUACCUCAGCUGGUCGAUGCUUCUGGGUGUUGGCCCCCCUCCAGUGGAUUCCUUGUCUCCACUAGUCCUGGGAAUCAUGGCAGUAGCCCUGGGUGCUCCAGGGCUCGUGUUGCUGGGGGGAGGCCUGGUUCUGCUACUGCGGCACAAGCAGUACUCAGACUACCAGUCUAUAAACUGAAACCCACUCUCUAGAAGGAAGGACAUUAUGGGACCUGCCUUGCUGUGCAUCAACCUCCUGGAGGUUGGAGGCUCAGUAUUCCAGCUGUCUCCUCUCUUCUUCCAUUUGGCUUUCCACAGAACCUCAGACAUCAGCUCCUGGUAGGGCUUCCUUCAUAGCUUGAGGAGGAGCCAGGGCCAAGGUUAUUACCAAAAGCAAGGUCCCCUUAGUGUUGCCUCCUUGUGUCAUUCUCCUCACCCCGUUUCCCUUGAAUGAGACUUGAAGGUCUCAGUGAGAGACUGGGUGGCUGCCCUAGAAGGCAUGAAAUAGAUUUUUUUUUCCCCCAUAAGUUUCCAGUCUCUUAACAUGUGAGUGCUGCUGGGCUGGGCUGGACUGGCUGGAAGGAAUGCGAGAGCUAAGAGAUAGGCUUGGAAGGCAAGUUUCUGUCCUUACCAGGCCUAGUUUUCUCUUCCCAUGGAACAAGGUUCCACCCCCAACAUGGGAGGUUUCUGGGGUAGUCGGAAUCAAACAAGGAAGGACAAGAGACUGAGCUAGUAGGGUACAAACAAAAAGAGCCAACAAAGACUGGUAGUAAUUUAUUGUUUUACACAUAUACACAUGUACACCCAAACACACUGGGUUAACAUCAGCCACUGUACCUUCUGACAAAUCCCCAGCCACCAUAUGUGUGGUUAUACACACACACACACACACACACACACA